AUGGGGAAGAGUGGCGGUCACUUCUACAAGACUUUGACCGUCGGUUUGGCAAUGCCUCAGCAUCAGCAAUCCCAUUGCCGCCACCGCCAGAACCUGAACCAGAGGCCAAGAUGGUCCCAUGGGCAGGCGAACCGCAAACAGUCGAUGAGAUUCUCAAUGAGUAUUUUGUGGAGGCCAAAAUAUCUGGACGUGUGCCAGGGACAACUUUUUUCUGGGUGCAAAAAGGAGGACUUCAGGUGUUGCCGAGCAGGUCUCCGAGCAUCAAACCCUGAAACUGUUUGUGGUUGCACACAUGGAGGUUACAAUCCCGGCAAACGAGUUCAUCAUGGCGCAUGGAGCUGGCAAGUGGGUACGCCCAGAGAAAUUUUCUGA